CGCUUACCAUCGACCGUCGACAAUCGCACAUCCCCUAGCUGCCAAACGYACAAUAUAUCCAUCGACAUUCUGCAUCCUAAUAUAAUAUAAUUAUUUUAUAUUAAACGUUCGCUSUUAACAAUCGRUUGGAAUAUUACUUACAAGUUACAACAUACUUAUUACAGACGCCGUUCAAGUAUUGUGCAGUAACACAAUAUACAAUAUCCUGACCAAGGAAACCAAGACGAACAAUACUAUCAUCACCAUGAUGGCCACCGGAGAAUCGAUGAAGUUCGCUGCCGCCAGAUUCGGUGGCGCGGGAGGUCUGCUGGACUGCAACUUCCCGUCGCUAUACGUGGACGCGGUGUGGGCGAGAUUCCGGCGACAUCCGGGCGCCUUCACCGGCGGACAAAUAGAAGGCUACGCCCGGGCUAUGGCCCUGUCCAGGAACGUCCAGAAGCAGAUGGCCGCAGUGACGGCAACUACGCCCGGCGGCAAGCCCAAGAAACGGUACAUUUGCACGUACUGCGACCGAGAGUUCAGCAAAUCGUACAACCUACUCAUACACGUCAGAACCCACACAGACGAGCGUCCAUACCCAUGUGAUGUGUGCGGCAAGGCGUUUCGCAGACAGGACCACCUCAGGGAUCACAAAUACGUUCACAUGAAGGACAAACCUUUUUCUUGCGAAUCCUGCGGCAAAGGCUUCUGUCAAAUGCGCACGUUGGUCAGCCACCGAAAGAACGCACAAUGUCAAUGGUACCAAUACCAACGUCACCAGGCGAUAACUACGCAGAUCUCUACAGGGACCGUCGGAAAUGCUUCCACCGCCGCAGUGGCCGCCGUGGCAUCCCCCGACACUGUCCGAAACGUUAACUUAACCGAUUUCAGUAUCAAAACUUUGCUGGGAAUCGGCGACGACCAAUAACAUAGUAGGUAGGAGUAGAACGCCUGUGUACGCAUUAUGCCGGCUAAAAUAAAGUUGGUUUACCAUAAAAUGUAUAGCAGGUCCAUACGGUGAAAUGUACAAAAAUAACGUAAAUACAAGACGUUAUACAAUAUUGUAUUAUUACUACUAGCC